AUGACUGGCUACCUAUAUUACUCCCCACCACCACCACCACCACCACCACCACCGCCGCCUCCUAAAUGCAACCAUACCAUGACGCCACCUCCACCUCCACCACCACCACCGCCUCCACCUCAAUGCAACCAUACCAUGCUGCCGCCACCACCACCACCACCCCCACCCCCACCCCCACCCAAUUGUAACCAUACUAUACCACCUCUUCCACCUCCAACACCACCGCCAUGUUGCGUAAGCCCCCCAAUUGAAUCUCCAAUGGCACUUCCACCGCAUUAUGGGCCUCCAACACUAGGACCACAACCACCUCCGGGUCCACCUGACCACACGGUUAUUAUAGCUGUAUUCGUCUCACUAGGCGGCGCCUUCUUCCUCGCAUUCCUAGCAGUUGGUCUCUUCUGCUUGGCUAAGAAGAAGAAGAGGCCGAUUCCUCCCCCUUGCGUUGAGGAACAUCGACAUGUCGAAGAGACCAUCACCACUGGUCCAUGCGGGGAUCAGACCGUAACUGUCACCAUAGACGACGAUAUUCGAGUUCACGAAGCUGCUGAGGUUGGAGCUGCUGCUGUUGGUUCGCAUGCUGAACCACCCGAUUGUGAUAGGCCGGCGGGCUCUCAUGCUGAAGGCCAUUUCAGGACUGGCUAGCAAACAAACAUAUACCUCCUCAAAAGGUCGAAACAUGGCGGGGUUAAUGAGGUUAAGAUUGAGCAAGAGCAAAGCCAGGAAAUUUCCAUGUCAUGCAACGGAGUGACGACCUUUUGUUUAGGCUAUUGCAACUUACAGUUGGCUGCAGUGAUACAAAAUUACAAAUUGAUGUUUCAUUUGUGAUGAUGAAGAAUAAAUAAAUGUUACA